AUGGGAGAUUUGAGCAGAGGGGAAAAGCCAGGUGGUGAGGAGAUGGGAACUCCUUUUCCGGCGGACGUGAACACAGCCAUCAGUGAACCAUUUGCCUCUCUUCUGACCAUUUUGGGCACCGAGCUGUGUUUACAGUUGCUGGUCCAACUGCUAACUGAGCAGAAGAUCCUCCUGACCUCAGUCCAGCCAGAUCUGCUGGCUCACAUUGCUCAAGCUCUCAUCUCUAUCAUCUAUCCCCUGCGCUGGGUGCUAGUGUACAUUCCAUUCAUCCACAUCCGCUGUAUUCACGUCAUCCAGUCGCCGUCGCCCUACCUCAUUGGUGUGGAUUCCCGUUUCUUUGAGUUUUUCCGACUGCCCCAGGGUGAAAAUAUCACCUGCAUUGAUCUGGAUACUCGCAACUUCCGUGCCGCCACAGAAAACGCCUUCAAGGACACCAAAUGCCUUCCAAGGGUGAGUGUAUUUUUUGACACUCUUGCCACAUGCUUGUUUAUUGUUCCAGGGAACUUCGUGCCUUUUUGGGUUUCCUUGUGCUAA